AUGGGUAAAAAAGAAAAACACAUCAAGGUGGAUGUUGGUGAGGAGCAAGAGAAAGGCACCUUUCACCUCAAGCCAUCCACCGCUGAACCGAGCCUAAAAUCUCAAGAAUGGCCGCUAUUGUUGAAGAAUUUUGACAACAUGAACGUACGAACUAACCACUAUACUCCCCUUCCGGAAGGCUGUUCUCCAUUGAAAAGGGAAAUCAGGAACUAUAUCUCAUCUGGUUUUUUCAACUUGGACAAACCGGCAAAUCCAUCGUCGCAUGAGGUUGUGGCGUGGAUCAAGCGCAUUCUUCGGGUUGAAAAAACCGGACACAGUGGCACUCUAGAUCCUAAGGUGUCUGGAUGUCUUAUAGUGUGUAUCGAUCGUACGACUCGAUUAGCAAAAUCACAACAAGGGGCAGGAAAAGAAUAUGUGGCUAUUUUUAAGCUUCAUAAUGCUGUAGAAAGCGAGAAGAAGAUAAAACAAGCCUUAGAGAAGCUAACCGGCGCUCUCUUUCAACGUCCUCCUUUGAUCUCAGCAGUGAAGCGCCAGUUACGAGUCAGAACAAUCUAUGAGAACAAGCUUUUGGAAUACGAUAAGGAGCAGCAAAUGGGGAUUUUCUGGGUCAAAUGUGAAUCGGGAACAUACGUGAGAACGAUUUGUGUACAUCUUGGUCUCUUGCUUGGAGUGGGUGCGCAAAUGCAAGAGCUACGAAGGAACAGGUCUGGAAUUACUGACGAGCAUGAUCAGCUUGUCACAAUGCACGACAUUUUAGACGCCCAAUAUGUGUUAGACCAUCAUAAGGACGAAACUUAUAUGCGACGAAUAGUUCGACCAUUGGAAGCACUACUCGUGGAGCAUAAAAGGAUAAUAGUCAAGGAUUCCUCAGUAAAUGCGAUUUGUUACGGAGCUAAGAUACUUCUUCCUGGUGUUUUACGCUAUGACGACGGUAUCGAAGUUGGUCAGGAAAUCGUUAUCGUCACAACCAAGGGAGAAGCAAUCUGCAUCGCAAUCGCCCAAAUGACCACUUCAACAAUGGCUUCCACAGAUCACGGUGUGAUAGCAAGAUCCAAACGUGUUAUUAUGGAACGAGAUGUAUAUGGCCGCAAAUGGGGCUUAGGACCGGUUGCGAUCAAAAAGAAGCAAAUGAUAAAGGAUGGGCUUUUGGAUAAGUUUGGCAAGCCCAACGAGAAGACACCUGCAGAUUGGAAAGCCGUUCAGUAUACAGCCGUGAGUAUAUUACGACUUCUUUACACGGAUUUCCAUCUCUAA